UUUGUCUACCAACAGAAAGAUAUUUUCCGACAAAAGCCAGUGGCUGUGUACUAACGCAGUCUUUAACUCUCUGCCUAGCCUGUUGUUAAUCAUUGUCUUGGUUCAUUUCUCAAACUGAAUUUGAAACUUCGACAAUACAUGCAGUGAGUGAGUCAUAGCUCAAAAAUGGCGAAAACAAACCCUAACCCUGCCCACACUUCUUUCAUCGAUCCCAAGAGUGGUUUCUGCGCUAAAACCAAAAUCUACCACAGCCUCAGGCCCAAUGCUCCACUCCCUCCCCAAACCGCUUCUCUCUCCGCCACCGACUACCUUUUCUCUCUCCUCCACCAAAACAAUCCCUCGCCGGAAACCACCGCCGGACUCAUCGACGCCGCCACAGGCAGUCGAAUUACCUGUUCCGAAAUCGAAGUCCGUGUCAAAACCCUAGCGUAUUCUCUCCGAUCCCGAAUCGGACUCUCCAAAGGCGACUCGGCCUUCAUUCUCUCUCCAAAUUCAGUCCACAUUCCGAUUCUUUACCUAUCUCUCUUCUCCAUCGGCGUGAUCGUAUCUCCGUCCAAUCCAACCAGCUCGGAAUCGGAAGUCUCUCACCAAAUCAAUCUCUGCAAACCGGCCAUCGCCUUCGCGACGGCCGCCACCGCUCACAAGCUACCCCAACUCCGCCACCGCACAAUUCUACUCGACUCGGCCGAGUUCGACUCGUUACUCGCGAGUCAACCAGGUGAGUUUCAUGAUCGAGUCGAGGUUUUGCAAUCGGAUCCGGCGGCGAUUCUCUACUCGUCCGGUACGACGGGGAGAGUGAAGGGCGUGGUGUUGACGCACCGGAACAUUGUGUCAUAUAUGGCGGCGGCGAAUGCGGUUCGUCCGGUUAGACAAUCGCCUCCGGUGAUGUUGUGUACGGUCCCGUACUUUCACGCGUACGGGUUUCUGUGCUGCCUGAGGGUGGUGGCGAUGGGGGAUCGUAUGGUGUGGAUGGAGAGGUUUGAUAUGGGGUUGAUGAUGAAGGCUAUUCAGGAGUUCCGAGUGACACACGUGGCGUUGGCUCCGCCGGUGGUGGUGGCGAUGGUGAAAAUUGCUAAUGCCACCAACGGCUACGAUUUGAGCUCCCUUGAAGUUGUCUCGUGCGGUGCAGCUCCGCUGCCCAAAGCAGUGUUUGAGAAGUUCAAGAAAUUGUUUCCAACGGUGCAAUUGGCGCAGGGAUUUGGGAUGACUGAAGCAACAGCUGGAGUGACUGGAACAAUGGGUCCGAAAGAAAGCCAAGUAGUAGGUGCAACCGGGCGGCUUGCGUCCAACUGCCAAGCGAAGAUUGUUGAUCCCACCACUGCCAUUGCUUUGCAUCCUCUCAAGACGGGGGAACUUUGGCUUAGAGGGCCAUGUAUAAUGAAGGGCUAUGUUGAUGAUGAAGCAGCAACAGCUGCAGCUUUGGAUUCGGAGGGAUGGUUAAGAACCGGAGACCUUUGUUAUUUUGACCAUGAAGGCUUUCUAUUCUUUGUGGACAGGAUAAAAGAACUAAUCAAAUACAAAGGGUACCAGGUUGCUCCAGCCGAGCUGGAACAUCUACUUCACACCCAUCCAGAUAUAGUUGAUGCAGCUGUGAUACCGUAUCCUGAUGAGGAAGCAGGUCAAGUACCCAUGGCCUUUGUGGUGAGACGAUCCGGGAGCACCAUUGGCGAGUCACAAAUUAUGGAUUUUGUUGCUAAACAGGUUGCUCCAUUCAAGAAAAUAAGAAGAGUAUCAUUUGUUAAUUCAUUGCCUAAGAAUGCUACUGUUUGUUGUAUAUAUAUAACUCUCAGAAUAAAGAAGUUGUGCUUAUCCGAAGAACAAUCAAAUAUAAUGAUGCAAUGGACCUUGACCAUGAAAAUAAAUUCUGGUUUAGUGAAUUGUGCAAUCUUACAGAGGGUGAAUCCAACCCUAUUUUAUUUAACUGUACAAAACAGAAGAGGUGACUACUGCUAUCUACAUCGGCGAAGCACAAAGAACAAUAGUUGGGAGUGUGUUGCUUGACGAUAUACUUACAGGCUCUGCUAUAGAGCAAUGUAACUGAAAGCAAUCCAAGCAACCAACACGCCAGUGGCUUAGCGAUACCAAACUCUUACUUUCUAAAGGGAGGUCGUAGAAUCAAUACAAUCUCUGGUGAUAGGAAUUUGCUCCCUAGUCCCCACACCAUUGACAAUAUCUCUGAAGGAUUGAGGUAAUCUCCACUGGUUUCGCCUGAUGAGGCAGUCCACUGUAGCCAUAUAUCAUUCCACUGUGAACUCAGAAUAACCUCCUAUCAAUCCUCUGGUCAAGUGGACCUAAAGGAAGCUAAUGAUCGUGCCAUUAGGAUGUGUCCCUGCCGUUGCCCAUCACAUUUUUGAUAAAUGGUCUGGCAAGGCUUCGGAGAUUGAGAAUCAUCUUCCGCUUCCACGAAUUCAACUGAGAUGGUUUGAGUGUCCAGAAAAGAAAAUGAGACUUUUGGAAUGAUUUGGUGGUAGUCCGGAAAGAGUUGAAAAUAGAGGCAGAGGACACGCAACCGAAGCUAAGGUUUUUGUAAAAACUUUAUGCUUGAUAACCCCUCAUCAUUAUCAUUUUCUUUAUUCCGUAAGGACAAGAGUCGGAUCGAUCACAUGCAUUAUUAUUUAUUGUACACCAUGUAUUUUCUUAAGUUUGAAAUUUUAAAAUCGUU